AGUCUGUGAUUGGUUCACACAGCUGCGGUCUGUCCCACAGCAGAGCAGCAGGGCGUCUGCUCUCUCAUUUACACACUUUUUGUUCCAUUAAACGGUGUUUUCAACAUUUGGACAACGCUAACGGCUCCAUGUUAAAUGUUGGCGUUCAUGGAUUUCAGCAGCUGAUCCCGUUAGAGCAGCUGAUCUGAGAACAGACCACUUCCGGUUGGGAUCUGAACGCUGAGAAGAGCCUCACUUAAGGUCGAGUCUCACUGCAGUAGAUCAGCACAGACAGACAGGUAGAGAGUGAGACAGACAAGUAGAGAGUGAGACAGACAGGUAGAGAGUGAGACAGACAGGUAGGGAGUGAGACAGACAGAGGGGUCCAGAUGGGGAACAGCGCCCUGAAGUCUCACCUGGAAACGUCCCAGAAGACCGGCGUGUUCCAGCUGACAGCCAAGGGGCUGCAGGAGUUUCCAGAGGAGCUGCAGAGACUCACCAGCAACCUGCGGACGGUCGAUCUGUCCGGGAACAAGAUCGAGGUUCUUCCUGCCGCCAUCGGAAACUUCCUGCAGCUCAAGAGUCUGACGCUCAACUCCAACAGACUCACCGGUCUCCCCGCUGAGAUCGGGAAGCUGAAGAAGCUGGAGACUCUGAGUCUGAACGGGAACCGGAUCCAGCAGCUGCCGCCGACUCUGGGCCAGCUCAAAGCGCUGCGAACCCUGAACCUGUCUGGGAACCAGAUCCUGGAGUUCCCCUCCGGACUGGGAACCCUGAGACACCUGGACCUGCUGGACCUGUCCCGCAACCAGAUCAGGAGCGUCCCCGCGGCCGUGUCGGAGCUGCAGACCAUCGAGAUCAACCUCAACCAGAACCAGAUCUCGGCGCUGUCUGCGGAGGUGUCUCGCUGUCCUCGUCUGAAGGUUCUCCGUCUGGAGGAGAACUGUCUGGAGCUGUCGUCCAUCCCGACAUGCGUCCUCAGCGACUCGCAGGUGUCUCUGUUCUCCGUGGAGGGAAACCUGUUCGAGGUGAAGAACCUCCGAGACCUGGACGGCUACGACAAGUACAUGGAGCGUUUCACGGCCACCAAGAAGAAGUUCGCCUGAAGACGCUCGAUGAUCCUCGCAGCCGAGACGCCGCCCAAAACCGCCAACGCCAACGCUGCUUCUUCUUCUUCUUUGGCU